AUGGCUGAGCAACUUCCACCCACACCAUCUAAACUUCUUCAGAUGGUGACUGAGUUACGGCAAGCCAACCAGUGCAUGGCCGAAGAGAACCAAAGAAUGGCAAAUCAGAUUGCUAAUUUGAAUAAUACCCGAAUCGAAAACAACAAUGAUCGACAAGAACGAACGGAAGAAGCCGAGCAUCAGUCAGGACCGACGCACGUCUCUGAAACUGCUCGACAAGAAGAAGAGCAACCCGAGCACAAUGAAGAAGCUCAGCCAGAAGAUGAGGAUGACAACCUAGAAAGCUCCCUUGGGCCAUUCACGGCCGAGGUGAUGAAUUUUCUGUUACCCAGAAGGUUCACACUGCCGACCACACUAACCCCCUAUGAUGGGCUAGGUGAUCCGAAGAAAUACAUUAAAAAGUUCACCUUCAUAAUGAUAGUGAAUGGUGUAUCUGAUAAAGUUUUAUGUCGUUGUUUUUCAUCUUACUUAGACGGUCCUGCACUUGAUUGGUUUUGUUCUUUGCCUGCAGGUUCUAUUUCUCGAUUUCGAGACCUAUCAAAGCCCUUUGAGGAGCAUUUCGCUAGAUCGGCCAUCUAUCUACAUGACUCCGAUUACUUGAACACAAUCAAACAGGGCCAUCAUGAAAGCCUUAGAGACUACAUGACGCGCUUCACAAAGAUAGCCAUGAGUAUACCCGACCUCCAUCCCGAGGUGGAACUGCACGCAAUAAAAAGCGGACUCCGACUAGGAAAAUUCCAGGAGACCAUUGCCAUAGCCAAACCUAAAACUAUGGCCGAGUUCCGUGAAAAGGCAAAAUGUCAGAUUGACAUCGAAGAGCUCUGA